AAAUUAAACUUACAGUGUUAAAAAAAUAAAUUAAAUAAAAAAGAAAAGAGAGAGAAAGAAUAAGCUUGUCCUCAAAUUUUAGUAGUUUAAUUCUGAGAGAGAUAGAGAGAGAGGGGCAUAUGCCCACCAUUAACACUUGUUUGUCAAUCCACACCCUUCUUCUUCUCACAACCCUUUGCAAGCUCUUCUUUGCUGUUGUUGUUAGAGUUACGUAGCGGGUUUUUUUAGAGAGAGAAAGAGAAUCUUUUUUUUUUUGUUGCUUUGUUAUGUUCCAGAUGCUCUUUCAAUGGGGAAAAAUGAGGACCAGGAUCUGCAGCAAAGAAAGCAGAGUCUUGAAUUGGGGAACAAUCAAGGGCAUCAGGGAUUCUUGUGUGGGAGAUGUUGGAUGGUUUUGUCAAGGCUUUCAAAUGAGUUCAGUUUCAGAUGUGUUUUUGUUUUGUUUCUCAGUUUGUCGGUUUUGUUGCCUGGGAUCUUCUGGAUCCUUCCUUUUCGCUCUCUAAAGUUUGGGUUUGAUGCUAAGCAAGCUAUUAAGCUCAGUGCCCCAGUUCAUGCAUACUUUACACUUCAAAAACCAGUUUCGGAGCUUGUUCAGCAUAUUGAAAAGUUAGAGUUUGAUAUCUAUGUAGAAAUAGGUGUUCCAAAUACCAAGGUUGCUAUCUUAUCCAUGCACCAGUCAGGUGCAUCUAACUAUACUGAUGUGGUGUUUGGUGUUCUUUCCGAUCCCAUAAAUAGUCCAAUAAAUCCAGUAUCCCUAAGUGUGCUGAGAUCAUCUUUAAUUGAGCUGUUCCUCCGGCAAUCCAAUCUGACCUUGACAUCUUCCAUUUUUGGGCAGCCUUCUGAGUUUGAGAUUUUGAAGUUUCCUGGGGGCAUCACCAUAAUUCCCGUACAAUCUGCUUCCAUCUGGCAGAUAACCCAGAUUCUAUUUAAUUUUACUCUGAAUAAUUCGAUAUCUGAAAUAGAGGACAAAUUCAUUGAGUUAAAGGAUCAGCUGAAAUAUGGACUGCAUCUGAGGUCUUAUGAGAAUUUGUUUGUGCAAUUAACAAACAAAAAUGGUUCCACAAUAUCCGCUUCAGUCACAGUUCAGGCUUCAGUAAUGUCAGAUGAUUUUCGUAGCCUUCUGCCUCAGAGAUUAAAGCAGUUGGCUCAAACCAUCACAGGCUCUCCUGCAAAGAAUCUCGGUCUUAAUAACUCAGUCUUCGGUAAAGUUAAAAGCAUUAGCUUAUCAUCUUAUCUGAAGGGUACACUAAAUGCUAUGCCUCCUGCUCCUUCACCAGCUCCAUCCCCAGGGCCCUCAAUUUCACCACAUCCCACUUUUUCGCCGACUCACUCUCCACCAUCAUCACCCAAGAGUUAUCAUCUUCCACCUUGUCCUAAGUGCAAAGCUGCUUCUCCAUCUGCUCGUAGUCCCACGCAUUCACUAGGUCCUGAAAGUGGUCCCUAUCCUUCUCUUCCUCCUGCACCUUCUAGUACAGUGACUCGCCUUCCUCCUCUCUGUCCAUACUCUCGUCCUGCAGUUCCACCAAGCUCUUCACCAAGAUCUCAUCCUAACCUAAUUUCUAACCACCCACCUUUACCAAGUCCCCGGUCACAGUUGCCCCCUGACCUACCCCCGUUAGCUUCAGUGUCUUACGGGUCUCAUCAAGGUACAGAAGGUCCAAUUUCUGCACCACUUGCUCAGCCUCCAUCUGCGCAAUCUCCAUCAUCUAUAGCAUUACGUGUUCUCCCCAAGGAAUUCUGGUUAUUGGGAUUGUUAGGUGUCCUGAUGUUUCAUCUCCUUUUAUGGUCGAAUUAAUUCAUUUUGUGUCAUACCACCCAAAGUUCCAAGACAUCCAAAAGACCAUGCUAGAUGAUGUUCAUUUCCCAAUUUUGAUACGGCGAGGUUGGUAGAAGCACCUGUGAAAAGUUUCGAAGUUUUUCCUUUUCUUUCAAGCAUGCAAUGUACUGCUGGUCAAGCCGGAAAGUUGGCAGGCCACUCAUCUUACUUUGAAUGCUUAGCAAGCGCUGGAUGUUUUUCCCAAAGGGAAUAAGUCCUAGAGAUGGUGUGACUACUUAAGAAGCAGGCAUCACCUUGCAGGUUUGAAGAACCAUCUCUUACAUUGAUUCAAGUGUAAAGAAUAUGCUGGUUCUUUUUGAGCAACUAUAAUGUAGGGUAAAGGCAAAAGAUGUUAUGCGGAAAUGUAUAAAGUAAUCCUUUAUAAUACUGAGGAAAAGAUAAAAAAAAAGAGCAUAUAUUUAUAUGAAUUCAGCAUGUUGAAUAGCUUCCUG